AGAAAACCCCACUCUGUUGCACAUUCACUCACUCUCUUCUCUUCUCCAGCUCCUUCUCUCUGCAACAAAAAUGGCUUCUACAAUUCCAUUUUUUCUCUUCACCUUCACUCUUCUUCUAUUUUCCUCCCUCACUCUCUCUCGCGCCACCUCAAUAGACCCCACCACAUUCGUCCUAGACAUCUCCUCCGCUCUUCAACAAACACUCAAUAUCCUCUCCGUUGAACCGUUCGCUCAAGAAACUGUAUUCCUCCCCUCAGUCAACUCUUCUUCUUCUUCGUUUUCACUGCCGCUCCACUCUCGUGAAACCGUAUUCAAAACCCAGCACAAGGACUACAAAUCCCUAGUCCACUCUCGGCUCGCCCGCGACUCAGCCCGAGUAAACUCUAUCCUCACGAAGCUCCAACUGGCCCUCAACGGUAUAAGCAGACAAGACCUCAAGCCCCUCGACAACCAGAUCCUCCCCGAGGAUUUGUCUACUCCUGUUGUGUCCGGGACCAGCCAAGGCAGCGGCGAGUACUUCUCUCGGGUCGGAGUCGGGUCCCCAACAAAACAGUUCUACAUGGUGCUCGACACUGGUAGUGACAUUAACUGGAUUCAGUGUGAACCUUGCUCUGAAUGUUACCAACAAUCCGACCCGAUUUAUAACCCGAAAUUGUCGUCGUCUUAUCGUUCUCUCGGUUGUAACUCUGCUCAGUGUGGACUUCUCGACGUGUCGCAGUGUAGUGGAAGCACUUGCCAAUAUCAAGUGUCGUACGGUGACGGGUCUUACACUGUAGGUGAUUUCGUGACCGAAACGGUGUCGUUUGGAAAAAGCGGGACCGUACCAAAUGUGGCUAUAGGUUGUGGUCAUACCAAUGAAGGGUUAUUCACCGGAGCUGCUGGUUUGCUUGGACUCGGUGGUGGCAUGCUCUCACUCACUAAACAGGUUAAAGCGACAUCGUUUUCUUACUGUUUGGUUGAUCGUGACUCGGCCAGUUCUGGCAGUCUCGAGUUCAACUCGCCCUUUCCCGCUGGGUCAGUCUCAGCUCCGCUAUUCAGAAGCAAAAAAAUUGAUACAUUUUAUUACGUGGGGCUCACCGGGUUCACCGUCGGAGGCCAGAUGGUUCAAAUCCCACCGUCCCUUAUCGAAUUGGACCAGGCAGGCAACGGUGGGGUCAUUGUCGACUGUGGGACUUCCAUAACUCGGUUACCGACUCAGGCUUAUAAUGCACUCCGUGAUUCGUUCCGUCAAAAAACGGGCACCUUAAAAUCCACAAGCGGCGUGGCUUUGUUCGACACGUGUUACGAUUUAUCUGGAUUAUCUAGCGUGAAGGUCCCAACGGUGUCAUUUCUCUUGUCCGGUGGAAAAUCUUUGAAUUUACCGGCCAAAAAUUUCCUGAUUCCAGUGGAUUCGGCGGGAACAUUCUGCUUCGCUUUCGCCCCAACGCCGGUGUCUAUGUCAAUAAUAGGCAACGUACAACAGCAGGGGAUACGUGUCAACUACGAUUUGGCUAAUAAUCGUGUGGGGUUCACUCCUAAUAAUUGUUAAGUGGUUUUGAAACUUUUAAAAGAGUAAUUUAUAGUUUUACCGUAAUUGGUAAAGUGACAGUGAAAUAUGGUUACAUGGGAUGUUUUACGGUACGUUUAAAUGUAUGAUAAUGAAAUGCUAUUAGUAGCUCUGAUGGGUGGAUGAAAGUGGGAUCCACCUUAAUAAAUAGCAAUCAAGCCAUCGGUUGGUGUGCCGUGUGGGGCGUUUAUGGCAUGUAUAGCAAAUUGAAGGAAGUUUAGUGGCAAGAGUAAUUGUAUGGCUCCGGUUCA